AGAUGAGAAUCUGCAUCAGAUGAGAACUUAGUGCAUCGUUUAAUUUGGAAUAUGUCUAUAAAAAUUAUUUAGCUCAAGCGAAGCGCCCCAAAAACGUGUAACGUGAGCAAAAAGCUUACCGCAAAUCCGCCCCUGUGCGCAUGACGGCGACCUACACAGAAAAAAAAGCACACAAACUGGCAAAACGGGCCAGAAGAAUACAUACAACACGGAGGCGAGUUCGUUCUUGUGUUGUGGUUUAGUUGAGCGUUUGGUGGCGUUGCGAACGGACAGAGAGACACCAUCGAAAUCACCAUAACCACCAGCUGGAGCUGGAGCAGCAGCAGCAGCAGCAUUAGCGACAAUUAGAAAAGCUUAACAAUAACAAAAACAGAGAGUUACUCAUCAUUGGCCUGGCUUUUUGUCGUAGUAAACACCAUUGGAUUAUUAACAUACACACGCCACACGAAAGAGCGUCGGAGAGAGGAGGGAGAGAGGGGCUGUAGUUGGACUGGCAAGUGGCCCCCACAACACACAAACACACACGCAUUUGUUGUGUGUUUCUUUGUUUCGGCAACAACAAUUUUGUGUUAAAUUAGUGCGCAAUUACAACAAAAAAGCAGCAACAACAGCAUAGAAAACAAAAGCAACGUGCGCAGCAAUUUGUUUAAAUUGACGAAUGCAAUAAAAACUGCGCAAAACUAAAUAAUAAGCGCAAAAAGUUGCAUCACGCAACAACAACAACAAAGACAGCAACAACAAAUUCAAUGCAAAACGAAAUUUAAGUUCUACAAAAAUCAAUAAGCAGCAGCAACAACAGCGAAGGAGCUGAGACGGGCUGCGACUGACAAAAUUAACAAGAACAGCAAGAGCGAGAACAAGAAGCAGAACAGGCAUAGACGGAAGCUGUAACAAAAAGAAGAAGAAGAACAAGCACAACGACACACAGCAGAGAUCGAAAGCUUCUCAAAGCGCGCUUUCAAACGGAAUCAAAAGUGAAACGUCUAAAAAUUUACAUAAUUGCAUUUGUAGACACUGGCCGUGUUUAAAUAAAGAUGCCCUCGUUGCUGGAGGCGCUGGAGCGCAAAUAUUUCGCCGAAUGCGAAUUCGAGAAUGCCAAUCAGCCCGAGCUGCACAAGCGCUCCGAUCUGCCCAAUGACUUUACCGUAACCAAAUGCGGCGGUCGCAUGGAAUUCUCCAUAUUCAUACCGCGGCUCUCCCCGCUGACCAGUGUGCCCGCCCUGCUCGUCCUCAAUGACUGCGACAUCGAUUGUGCCGGCGAUUUCGACAGCAUCCGGGAGAAGUGUCAGCGUGUGCGUGAGCUGGAUCUGGCGCAGAACAAGCUGCAGGACUGGCAGGAGGUGUUCAACAUACUGAAGCAUAUGCCGCACAUUGAGUUCUUAAAUUUGAGCAAAAAUCAACUGAUGAGCGCCCCGCCCAGUUCGCUGCUGGCGGCGCCAACCGUCAAUCUGAAGAGUCUGGUGCUCAAUGGCACGUAUCUGGACUGGAUGUGUGUGGAUGCAUUGUUGCAGAAUCUGCCGGUGCUGCAGGAGCUCCACCUGAGCCUGAACAACUACAGUGCUGUGCUGCUGGACGCUGCACAGGAGUCACUGGAGGAGAAGUUCCACAGCUGCCAAUGUGUGCCACAAGCACACAAUAAAAAUGAAAAUCCGCAAACGGAAACGGAAGUGGAGGUGGGGACGGAAGCGGACACUUGCUGUAAUCUGUGCCAGGCUCGACGCAAGCUGACACAAUCACAUGCGGCAUUGAAGACGCUCCACUUCACCGGCAAUCCCAUCGAGCACUGGCAGGAAAUUUGUCGCCUGGGCCGGCUCUUCCCCAGCCUGGAAGCGCUCGUGCUCGCCGAAUGCCCCAUCAAAUCGCUGCAGGCCGGCGCCGAACUGGACUCGGCCAGCGCCAGUGAGUGCCACAAAUACUUUCCCUGCCUCAAGCUGCUCAAUUUGAGCUGUGCCCAGCUCAACAGCUGGGCGGACAUUGAUGAGCUGGCCAAAUACGAUCAGCUGCAGAAUCUGCGCGUCAAGCAUUGGCCCCUGUGGGAAACGCUGGAGUGCACGGAGCACGAGCGCCGCCAGCUGCUCAUUGCGCGUCUGCCCAAUGUGUCCAUGCUGAAUGGCGGCGGCAAGAUCAGUGUCGAUGAGCGUGUGGACGCCGAACGUGCCUUUGUUCGUCACUAUAUGAACAAACCGGAAUCGGAGCGGCCGGCUCGCUAUGCGGAACUGUUAGAGGUGCACGGUCAACUCGAUCCACUGGUCAAUGUCAAUCUGAAGCCGGAGAAGCGUGUCAAGGUUCUGUUUACGUACAACGAAAUCAGCGAGAGUCGUUUUGUGGACAUCUAUUUAAGUGUGAGCGAUCUCAAGCUGAAGCUGGAGAAACUCAUCAAUCUGGCGCCAAACAAAAUGCGGCUCUACUAUCUGGAUCAGGACUACAAGGAGCAUGGGCCCGAGGAGAUGCGCUAUCCGAACAAGCAGCUCUACAGCUACAAUAUUCAAUCGGGCGAUGAGAUCAUCAUUGAUGCCAAGAAGUAAACAAUUGAACCAUGCAACUGCAACGAUUGGCGGGGUGCUAACAGCAACAAACAAACUUGUGAUCUUGUAUCAUGCUAACUAACGGAUACAACGGAUACCCUAAUAUAUAUACACAUAUACAUAUAUAUAUAAAUAAUACAAUUUAAAACAUAAAUCGAUGAAUAUUCAUAUAUGUAUUUUUAUUAUUAUUAUUGUUUUCCAACUUUCCACCUCCAACAAUUACUGUAUAUACAUUUAAAUGGCCAAAACGUGCACACAAACACACAACGAACACACACACACACACACAAAUUUGCAUACAUAUAUAUAUUAAUUAUCGUCUAACCUUAGCCAGCUACAGACUAAAAACAAACAAACAACAACAAAAAAAGCAUUACAUUAAAAUUUAAAACCAA